AGUCUACAUUUUUACUCACAGGUGCACUUAUCCUGGCUCGUCGCUGCAUCUCGGCAUUUUAGACACUUGGAAAACAUUACUUACGAACUUGUGUGUAGUAAAGUAAAGUGUAUGACAAAAUUUCGAAAAAUAUUUGGAUUCUUUUCUUCUUUUUUGGAAAAAGUAUACCCAUAAUUUUUUCAGCGUAAAGUGAAAGCUUUAUCAGUUCACGAGUGAAAUCUGGAGCUUAUUAGGAUACAAGGAAGAAGAAAGUGUCACACCACCGGCAUUUGUUUCGUGUCGAAGGAGGAAAACCAGUGGAAUUUUGUGAAUCUUUUGUGAGAUUGGUUUCUUCAGGGGGUUAUUUACAUCUGAGAUUUCGACAUAAAAAAGUGAGACGUGCCUUUGGUUGUUGGUGGUUUUUUGUACCACAUUGAUCGGAUCGUCGGAAGGAUCAUUACGACGACCAGUACAAAAAUAAUAUGAACUCAUCCCUCAUCGUAUUAUAGAAAUAGUGGAACUUAGUUUUUUUCAAGAUGUGGUCCUCACGGAGGACUGCGGCUUCGCUUUUAGCAGCCGCCUGUACUGUUUUCAUAAGCCUGGUCAAUUCUCAGGAAUCAUUAUUUCAUUGUCCCAAUGGUUGGGAACUACAUGGACUUCACUGUUAUAAGUAUUUUAGUAUAAGACACUCCUGGGAAAGAGCUGCUCACCUGUGUCAAAGAUAUGGAAGUUCUUUAGUAGAAAUAGAUUCGUGGUCGAGUCACAACUGGACGAUCGCCCUAGCUCGGCGAUUUUCUCACGGCGACCCCAAUUUCUGGUUGGGCUUCAACACCUUUGAUGAUCUUAGAACAAAUACGCUCGACUCGUCGAGUGGUUCGCUGAUUUCGCAAUAUGCAGGAUUUUGGUCGGAAGGACAGCCCAACACGAAAUCUGGGAAAUGUGUCCAGUCCUCGACGGGCGAGUCGGUGGGGGCAGGACUCCAAUCCUGGGAACUUACGACGUGUGAAACCCUUCUCCCAUUCGUGUGUAGAGCACCUGCCUGCCCGGAAGGAACGUUCCUCUGUUCGAACGGUCGAUGCAUUAACAACGCCUUCAAAUGCGACAAGCAAGACGACUGUGGUGACGGAAGUGAUGAAUUGGAUUGUCCAGAUUUAUGCCGAUAUCAUAAAACAUCCGUUGGCGCGUUUGUCGAAAGUCCUGGAUUUCCACAAAGAUAUCCAUCUCUCUCGGACUGCAAGUGGACUCUUGAAGCCCCCGAAGGUCACUCCAUUGUACUCCAGUUUUCGGAAUUCGAGACAGAAAAAGGAUUCGACACGGUGCAAGUGCUGGGUGGCGCGAGGACGGAGACGGCCGCCGUCAACGUGAACACGAUCUCUGGUCGGUUGAACUCGUCCGCAGUCUUCACGUCCGCGUCCAAUUUCAUGAUUGUCAAAUUCCGAUCUGACGCCUCAGUUGAGAAGAAAGGAUUCCGAGCGACAUGGAAAACUGAGCCGCAAUCAUGCGGCGGUACCCUCCGGGCGACCAGCCACUCCCAAGUCCUCGUCUCUCCCGGCUACCCCAACUCUUAUCCUGGAGGACUGGAAUGCGUCUACGUUAUCAAUGCCCCCGCAGGAAAGCUUAUCACGCUGAAAGUGGAAGACUUCGGACUUACUUCUCCCCGAGACAGUCUUCUCAUCCGAGACGGAGAUUCACCCUCCUCACCAAAAUUGGCCUUGUUGACGGGGUCUGCGAGUGAAAAUCCGAAGUUCAUCACCAGCACGGGAAGUCAGUUGUACUUGUAUAUGACCACUUCCGGAAAUGGAGGAGUUCCUGGUUUCCAGAUCAAAUAUUAUCAAGGAUGUGAACAAGUCUUGUCGAUGUCGAAUGGAUCAAUCUCAUCCCCAGCGUUUGGGCUCAGUCCGUACCCCUCCAAUCAAGAAUGCACCUACUUAAUCAAGCGACCCAAGGGUGGUCCACUCUCCCUCAAAUUUACCAACUUUGACUUGGACGAGGCAGACUUUGUGCAGAUCUAUGACGGUCCAACGACUGACAGUUUGCGUCUCCACUCCGGAAACGGAUUUAACGGCCGCACCCUCCCAAAAUUGACCUUGACGGCGGAAUCUGGAGAAAUGACGGUGCGAUUCAAGACGGAUUCGCUCCGAUCGAGGAAUGGUUUCAGAGCUGUGUUCUCUGCUGAUUGUCCCGUCCUCCGCCCUGGAAAAGGAGCUUUGGCCAGCAAUCGUGACAUCGCUUUCGGCACCCAGGUCACCUUUACUUGCCCAACGGGUCAAGAAUUCGCCACGGGACAGCAAAAGAUUGUCACCGAGUGCCAACCGGGUGGGCAAUGGUCGGUCGAUUACAUCCCAGAUUGUCAAGAGGUUUAUUGCGGACCUGUUCCACAAAUUUCGAACGGUUUCGCCAUCGGGUCAACGAAUGUCACCUACCUCGGGACGGCUACGUACCAGUGCUACGCCGGGUUUGCAUUCCCUUCGGCGAAAGCAACCGAAAUAAUAACUUGUUUGCCGGGGGGGAAAUGGGAGAAAUUGCCGUUGUGCAUGGCAUCUCAAUGCUCACCUUUGGCGGAAACGCCCAAUGCGAAGCAAGCCAUUUUGAGUGGGGGAGGUCGGGCGUACGGGACAAUUGUGCGAUUUGACUGUGACCCUGGCUACAUCCGGACGGGACCACCCACUCUGCUCUGCAUGAGUAAUGGAACUUGGUCCGGAGAAGUGCCCACUUGUGCAAGGAAACAAUGCUUCACCGUUCCAAAAAUCAAGAAUGGUUUUGUCGUGGAUUCCGAGCGUGAAUACUUUUUCGAUGAUGAAGCUCGCGUGCAAUGCCAUCGUGGAUAUAAACUUUUGGGUCAAAGUAUUAUCAAGUGUGGUCCCGACCAGACGUUUGAUGACCUCCCGAUUUGCGAAGACAUUGACGAGUGUGCCAAUUCCCAGUGCGACUUGGCCUCCACGGAAUGUGCUAAUGUUGCAGGAUCAUUUUACUGCAAGUGCAGGACUGGAUUUUCGCCAUCUUUGGAUUGCAGAAAUAUUGCGGAUUUGGGACUUGCCAGCGGUGGCAUUCCUGAUCAUGCUAUCACUGUUUCUUCCGCGCAGGAAGAUCAUCCCAAAGAGUUUAUCCGACUUGGAAGUUCGGCUGGCUGGUGUGGUGCCAACUUUGCGAAGGGAAAUAACUGGGUCUUGAUUGACUUGAAAGCUCCAACCGUUGUUCGUGGAUUUAGAACUCAAGGCGUUCACAAAAUCGGAGGAGGUGUGGCGUACGCUUCAGGAAUCAGGGUUCAGUACACGGACGACCUUACCGACGUUUUCAAAGAUUACAUUAACCCUGACGGUUCUGCCGUCGAGUUCAGAAUCUUGGAUCCCAGCUUAUCCGUUUUAAACCUUCCAAUCCCAAUUGAAACUCGUUACCUUCGUCUCAUUAUUCAAAACUAUGUCGUUUCGCCCUGUCUCCAACUGGAACUUAUGGGUUGUACCCGAAUGGAGUGCAACGAUAUCAACGAAUGUGGAACGAACAAUGGUGGAUGUCACCAAAAAUGUGUCAACAGCCCGGGAUCCUCUUCCUGCGGUUGUAACGUCGGAUACGACCUUUACAGUCAGAACGGAACUGCUGGUUUCUUCAUUGAGGGGUCAGAAACGGGAACGAAGGACGGCGACACGUACCGAUUAAAUAAAACUUGCGUUCCAAAAAUGUGCCCACCUCUUCAAAGUCCAGAAAACGGAGUACUUUUGUCCACCAAGGAUAAGCACCACUUUGGGGAUCAGAUCUCCUUCCAAUGCAACUUUGGUUACGUUAUUGCUGGAAGUUAUGGACUGACUUGUACUUCAACUGGGACAUGGAAUGGAACCGUUCCAGCUUGCCAACCUGCGAAAUGCGUCCCCUUGCAAGAUGAACCGACCGAAGGGCUCGCCGUUAUUCGACCGGAUGAAGAUAUCCUUAUCGGAUUCCAAGAAAAUGUGACUUUCACUUGUUCCGAGGGUGGUCGACCGCUUCGAAGCUCAGUCACCGCGCCAUUCAGACAAUGCGUGUACGAUCCAAAACCAGGAUUCCCAGAUUAUUGGCUGUCCGGAGCAGCCCCCGAAUGUCCCAAAAUCGAUUGUGGCUUCCCUGUCGAGGCGCCUGGAGCGGAAUAUGGUCGCUUUACUGAAACCACUUUCCAAUCCUCGUUCUUUUUCGGAUGCCAAGAAACCUUCAAGCUGGCUGGUCAAUCGUCCCGAAACGAUAACAUUGUCCGGUGUCAGGCUGAUGGAGUGUGGGACUUUGGAAACCUACGUUGUGAAGGCCCAGUUUGUGAGGAUCCACUCCGACCGCCAGAUGGUGUCCAGAUUUCUCAGACGUACGAGCAAGGUGGCGAAGUGAUGUUUGAUUGUGGACGACCUGGUUACAUUCCAAUCAAUCCGUAUCCCAUCACGUGCCAGCGUAAUUCUGAAUGCCGUGUCAUCAAGCCGAUCGGAAUUACAUCCGGACUCAUCCCAGACUCUGCCAUUAAUGUUACCACGUACCGACCAAAUUAUGAAGGGAAGUUCAUCCGGCUCAACUCUGUCACUGGAUGGUGCAGCAUGCAAGAGGCGUUCCCCUACGUGACGAUUGAUCUUGGAAAAGUGCACCGCGUCAAAGCCAUCUUGGUUAAGGGCGUCAUCACGAACGACGUUGUCGGACGACCAACGGAAAUCCGAUUCUUUUACAAGCAACAAGAGUCUGAAAACUUUGUCGUGUAUUUCCCCAACUUUAACUUGACGACACGAGAUCCCGGAAAUUAUGGAGAAUUGGCCAUGAUCACCCUGCCGCAAUCGGUCUCUGCUCAAUACGUCAUCCUCGGCGUGGUCAACUACUUGGAAAACCCAUGUCUCAAGUUCGAACUGCUCGGGUGUGAAGAGGAGACCGAAGAGCCAAAUCUUCUAGGAUGGGAUUCUGGUUACCCAGUCUGCGUUGAUAACGAGCCUCCCGUCUUUGAAAACUGUCCCGACCAGUCCAUCGUGGUGCAGAAGGGGAUCAACGGCUUGGAACCGGUCAACUUCCCAGAACCAAUUGCCACCGAUAACAGCGGAAUGAUUGCACGAAUGGAAAUCCGACCGACCGGAUUCAAAAUGCCACUCCACGUCUUUGAAGAUAUUCUGGUUGAAUACUUGGCCUUUGAUUUUGAUGGAAACGUUGCCAUUUGUCACAUCAACAUUACCGUCCCAGACGACACUCCACCACAACUCAGUUGUCCACAGAGCUACGUUGUCGAACUGUUGGAUAAGAAGGCCAGCUACCAAGUCUACUUCAACGAGACGAGGCGAAGAAUUGAAACAUUUGACCAAUCCGGUUCCGUCACUUUAGAUUUUAUUCCAGAAAGUGCAAUAAUUCCCGUCGGUGGAUUUGAGAAUGUGACCGUCGUCGCAUCCGACAAGCAUGGAAAUCAGGCUUCUUGUAACUUCCAAGUAUCCGUCCAACCAACACCCUGCGUCGAUUGGGAACUUUCACCCCCCGCGCAUGGAAACUUGAACUGUGUCCCCGGACAAGACGGUAACCUUCAAUGCUUGGCCACCUGCAAGCAGGGAUUCCGUUUUACUGAUGGUCAACCCAUGAAGACGUUCUCUUGUCGGGAAAAAUCCAAGAAAUGGUUCCCAUCUCGCGUGGUGCCCGACUGCGUUUCUGAGGACACGGAAAUGGCUCGUUAUCAGGUCGCGUCCGACAUCAAAUACCGAGCCAACGGUGCCGUGCCGACGAGCUGUCUGCCCCAAUAUACCGAAUUCCUCCGCAGAGGACAAGGCAAUCUCAACACCAUUCUGUCCCAGAGAUGUUCCGCGGUCAAUGUGAACAUGAACGUGUCCUUCGUCAACACGCAGGCUACUCUUUUGGAGGAAAACGUGGUCAAGUUCACUUACACGCUGGAAGUCACCCCAACCGUGAAACAAACCCAACUUUACGACCUUUGCGGUUCCACUCUGAACUUGAUCUUUGACUUGUCCGUGCCAUACGCUUCCGCCGUUUUGGAACCACUCUUGAACGUGUCAUCCGUGUCGAAUCAGUGCCCACCACUUCGUGCCCUGACUUCUCAAAUUACUCGCGGGUUUGCUUGCGGAACUGGCGAAGUUUUGAACAUGGAGACGAACUCUGUCCCACGAUGUCUUCACUGUCCCGCGGGCACUUACACGUUGGACGUGAAUGACGAAAGUCGCUGCGAACCGUGUGCGAGAGGAUAUUACCAAAGCCGUGCGAGACAAGGGUCCUGCAUCAGAUGUCCGGCUGGAACGUACACUCGUGAAGUAGGGUCCAAGGGAGUGGAUGAAUGUGUUCCCGUUUGCGGGUAUGGAACCUACUCUCCGACCGGACUUGUGCCCUGUUUGGAAUGCCAGCGUCACUCGUACACCGGAACUCCACCUCCAGACGGGUUCAAAGAGUGUACUUCUUGUCCCCCGAAUAUGUUCACGUACCAGCCAGCGGCUUCAACACCGGAGAAUUGUCGGGCCAAGUGUCAACCAGGAACGUACUCACCGACCGGAUUAUCUCCUUGCGCGCCGUGUCCGCUUGGCUAUUAUCAGAGCAAAGAAGGCCAAGUGAAAUGCAGCGAGUGCCCGCAAGAAAUGUCCACGGCGAAGGUGGGAGGAAAGAGUAAAGAGGAAUGUAAGAAUAUCCAGUGCCCGGACACCUACUGUAACAACGGUGGUCUUUGUCUCCCUCAAAAUCAUGGACCUACCUGCGUCUGCCCGGCUGGAUUCACGGGACGUCAAUGUGAACGUGAUAUCGAUGAAUGCGCUUCUCAGCCUUGUUACAAUUCAGCCACUUGUGUCGAUGAACCGCAAGGAUACCGCUGCGUCUGCGCCAUGGGUUAUUCCGGCGUGAAUUGUCAAGACCAAUCAUCCAACUGUCGCAACGACACGUGCCCUGAACAAGCCAUGUGUAAAACCGAACCUGGAAUUGGAAAUCACACCUGCCUCUGCAAGAAUGGUUACACCGGAACAAAUUGCGACGUCACAAUCGAUCCUUGCACUUCCAAUGGAAACCCAUGUGAAAACAAUGCCAAGUGCAUUCCCCUUCAACAGGGCCGUUUCCGCUGCGAGUGUAGUGCCGGGUGGGAGGGUCCCCUGUGCGACGUUAACAUUGACGACUGUGCCGAGCUCCCCUGUCUCCUCAACGCCAACUGUACCGAUUUGGUCAAUGACUUUAGCUGCACUUGUCCUAGAGGGUUUAGCGGAAAGCGGUGUGAAAUCAAGGUUGAUCUUUGCGGAACGUCGCCUUGCAUGCAUGGGCUCUGUGUGGAUCGUCUCUUUGAGUUUGAAUGCGUUUGUGAUCCUGGUUGGAAGGGAGAUUCGUGCGAUAUCAAUAUUAACGAGUGCAUGAACAAUCCUUGCCUCAACAAAGGCGAAUGCGUCGAUGAAGUUGGUGACUACCGGUGCGUCUGUGAAGCCGAAUAUACCGGAAAGAAUUGUCAACAUCGGGUCGAUGAUUGUGCAAAUGAGCCGUGUCAAAACGGUGGAACGUGCUCCGACAAGGUUAACGGAUUCGAGUGUCUCUGCCGACCAGGAUUUGUUGGUCUACAAUGUGAAGCAGCAAUUGAUGAAUGUCUCAGCAAUCCUUGCGAAGGGGAAGGCACUGAAGCGUGCGUUGACCUCGAUAACAAAUACGAGUGCAAGUGCAAGCCAGGAUAUGUCGGAGAGCACUGCGAGACGAACAUUGACGAAUGCGAGAGCGAACCUUGUCUUAACGGAGGCGUCUGUGUCGACGGGGUCAAUGGAUUCACUUGCAAAUGCGUUCCUGGCUGGACCGGCAAACUUUGCGAAACGGACGUGCCAUUCUGUGAUUCUGACCCAUGCCAGAACGAUGCCGAAUGUAUCAACUUGUUCCAAGACUACUUCUGCGUAUGCCCAUCUGGAACUGAUGGAAAGCAGUGUGAAACUGCUCCUGACCGCUGCAUCGGAGAACCUUGCAUGAAUUCCGGCAGUUGCAAAGAUUACGGUUCCGGCUUGAACUGCACGUGUCCAGCGGACUACACCGGAAUUGGGUGUCAAUUCGAAUUCGAUGCAUGUGCCGAGGGUGUCUGUCAGAAUGGUGCGACGUGCAUCGAUAAGGGUUCAGGAUACAAGUGCAUCUGUCCCGAGGGUUACACGGGAAAGAACUGCGAUAAGAGUAUUCCUCACUGCAAGUCAAACUCCUGCCCACCGACGGCCACAUGUGUCGAUUUGAGCGACGGUUUCUACUGCAAAUGCCAAUACAACGUGACUGGAGAGGAUUGUCGCAAAACCAUCCAAGUCGACUAUGAUCUCGCUUUCACGGAUGAAGAGGGUACUGGCUCUGCUCAGCAAAUGAUUCCGUUCCAAAUCAACAAGGAAUUUGCCGGAUUUUCGCUCGGUCUUUGGAUUAAAUUCACGCACAACGAUGACACCGGAACGUUCCUCAACUAUUACGUGGUCCGAUCCCCAAUUUCCACUCGGGAACGAAGACUCGCCAUCCAAGCCCACAGCGCAGGAAUGCUCGUGUCCUUAUUCCAAGACGAGGCUGAAGUGUAUCUACCAUUCCAGGAUUAUGCCCCAGUCAACGAUGGCCAAUGGCAUCAUGUUGCAUUAAUGUACGACAAGAAAAAUGCAUCCCUCCAACUGGCAACUGAUGGGCUCAUUGCUGGACGAAGUGAAGGAUACGGGAGAGGAAAGGACAUACCCGAAUUCGGAUGGAUUUCCUUGGGUGCACCAGCCUCUGAAAGUGGUCGUGCCUUGCUGGACUCUGGUUUUAUUGGGAGUCUGAGCCGAGUUCAAGUUUGGAACAGGCCGUUGGACCACACCAAAGAAAUUCAGAAGCAAGUCCGAGGAUGCCGCACGGAGCCGGUCAUUUAUCAAGGCCUUAUUCUCCCAUGGAACGGUUACGACAAGAUUUCAGGUGGAGUUGAGCGCAUCGUCCCGUCCUCCUGUGGAGACCGAGUCUGUCCCCCGGGAAUGACUGGGAGCCGAUGUGAUGUCACCAACAUGGAUAAGAUCCCACCAGCAGUCACGCAUUGUCCGGGAAGUAUGUGGGUCAUUACGAGAAACGGAUCUGCCACCGUGACGUGGGACGAACCCGUCUUCACCGACAACGUGGGGGUCGUCAGAGUCGUGGAGAAACAAGGCUUCCGACCUGGGCAGACGCUUUUAUGGGGAAAUUAUGACAUUGCUUAUGUUGCUUAUGAUCAAGCCGGAAAUAAUGCGUUGUGUCGAUUCAAGGUCUACGUUUUAGCCGAAUUUUGCCCCGCUCUGCAAGACCCAGACGGUGGCAACUCCCAAUGCAACGGGUGGGGCCCAGGAGGUCAUUUCAAGGCUUGUGAAAUUAGUUGUUCCUCUGGACUCAAGUUCUCCCAGUCUGUACCAAAGUUCUACGCUUGUGGGGCUGAAGGAUUCUGGCAUCCAAGUCAAGAUAUUGAACGACCACUUGUUUACCCAUCUUGCACAUCGUCACGACCGGCCCAACGAGUUUUCAAGAUUAAACUCCAAUUCCCAAGUGCCGGCCUUUGCAACGAAGCUGGACAAGGCGUUCUCCGUGAAAGGAUUAAAUUGGCUAUUGCAAAACUUAACCAAGACUGGCGAUUCUGUGCCACCAAAACCAAGGAUGGAGCAGACUGUCAAGACUUGAACAUUGGGGUCUUAUGUGACAAGAAAUCCCAAGCGAGAUCUCUCCGAACUCUGACGAAACGACAGGUUGACAAUGAAGACUUGUACGAUGUGCACAUCAGCUUCCCUGCUCAAAGCGACCCCGUCACGAAUGUGAACACGAAUGAGAGAUCCCACAUUCACAAAUUACUUCAGAGCCUCAUCCUAGAAAAUGAUGCGUUUAAUGUCCGCGAUGUUUUACCAAACACGGCGGCUGACCCGACCUCGCUAGAUUUGAAGUCUGACUAUGCAUGCGCUCCGGGACAUGUCGUCGUUGGAGCGGAUUGCGUCCCUUGCUCGGCCGGAACAUUCUACACUUCGAACAACUCUUCCUGCCAAGUUUGUCAGAUUGGGACAUACCAGAGUGAAGUUGGCCAAUUGGAAUGCAAAGCCUGUCCCAAGAUUGCUGGCAAGGCUGGCGUUACCAAAAUCCUUGGGGCGAAAUCACCCAAGGAGUGCAAAGAGAGAUGCUCGGCUGGAAAAUACUUUGAUGAAUCGUCCGAACUCUGCAAGAGCUGUGGUUACGGACAAUACCAACCUGACGAGGGCCAAUUCACAUGCAGACUGUGCGGUCUUGGAAAAACUACUCGAACUACGGAUGCCGUUAGCGAGCUUGAAUGCAGAGAUGAGUGUUCAAAUGGUCAACAACUCAGCUCGGAAGGGGUUUGUGUCCCCUGCCCACGAGGUACAUACAGAACGCAAGGAAUUCACCCUGCAUGUGUCAGUUGUCCCCACGAACGAACGACUCAAUCCACCGGAGCCACUAAUGUGGAUGAUUGCACGCUACCAAUUUGUCGACCAGGUUCCUACCUCAACACCACGGACAAUAGAUGCGUCCACUGCGAACGUGGAACUUACCAACCUGAAGAGCAACAGACAAUCUGUAUCGCUUGCCCAGCCGACACAUCGACCAAACAUACUGGAUCGACCAAGUACGAAGACUGCUCAAACCCUUGCAACGUCAACGGAGCUGAGACACAUUGCGACACGAACGCUUUCUGCGUCCAUGUCCCGGAGACUCAUGACUUCCGAUGCGAAUGUAAGCCUGGAUUUAACGGAACUGGAGACCUUUGUUUCGACCUCUGCGAAGGCUUUUGUCAUAACGAAGGGAAAUGCAGUAAGGAUAAAAAGGGCCAACCCUUUUGCACCUGUUCCGGCAGUUUUGUUGGAAAGCGGUGCAUGGAAAAGUCUGACUUUGCUUAUAUUGCGGGUGGCAUUGCGUCCAUCGUGUUCGUCAUCAUUCUCUUGUUCCUCCUCAUAUGGAUGAUUUGUGUCAGAUCUACGAAGAGAAAGGAACCCAAGAAAUUGCUUGCUGCCUCCACAAUCCCUGAUCCCACGGGUGGAUCCCAAGUCAAUUUUUACUACGGAGCACCAAGUGCAGCUCCGUACGCGGAAAGUAUAGCGCCCUCCCAUCAUUCGACGUAUGCUCAUUAUUACGACGACGAAGAGGAUGGCUGGGAUAUGCCCAAUUUUUAUAAUGAAACUUAUAUGAAAGAAGGAUUCGGCAACGGCCAGUUAAAUAGUUUAGCCAGAUCCAACGCCAGUCUUUACGGAAAUAAAGACGACCUUUAUGACAGACUUCGCAGGCAUGCUUACCAGGGGAAAAAAGGUGAGGAGGACUGUUAGCUCACUGAAGAAGAACGGAAACGACACAACGAGCGAUAGUGAUGUUCAGUAAUUUACAUGAGCGUCCAAUCAAAAUCAACCUGCUUCAAAAGUCAAGUGUCCAGUCCAAUUUCAUACUUCAGUUUCAAUGCAAAUUAUCUUUACGUUUAUUAAUUAUUAAUUUAACGAAUGCUAUAUAAUAUGCUGUAUUAGUGUAUUAUUUUAUUGUUAUUAUUCUGCCAAAUUGCCACAUUUAUUAUAGAAGAUACAUACAUAAAAAUAGUACCGAUUUCCCUCCUUGUUUUCAAAAGUAUCCAAUCUUUACUUAAGGAAUUAGUAAAUUUUCCAGACCAUUGUUGUCAUUACACGUUGGGGUUUCACUUUUAAAUUUAAUUAUCCGUAUUUAUUUAUUGAUAUGUUCACAAUCAAUUUACAUACAUAAAUAGCUGCAAUAUUUACCUGUUCUCUUGUUCAUAGAUAAAUACAUAUUAGAUAAAUAUUAGCUAACUAUUUACUCGUGGGAUGGUUAACUGUUAGAUAAGUAAACAUAUAUUUGGGGAUCUCUACAUGUACUUUACACUUAUUCGAAUUCUAACAUUUCAACAACACUAACCAUUCAUUAGUUAAUUAGAGUUAAUUAUUCCGUAUGUAAAAGAGCUCUGGGUUGCCAUUUAAAUAGUUAAGUUAUACAUAAAUGCAUGAUUUUGAAUGGUUGUUUUAUUAUUAGAAUGGUUGUGCGAAAGUUUGAUAUUAUGUAAAAAGUAGGUAACUAAUUAAUUAACUAAUUAACUAACAGAGCCGUUAUAUAUUAUUAUAAUUAUUAUGCCUUAUUUAUUUAUUAAUACCGUUAAAUAAUUAACAUUCCUGAUGAAAGGAUAGUAUGAAAGAGUUGCUCAACUGUCUGAUGGAGAAUCGCAUCUGAUUUUCUUUCAGAAAUCAAGCAUGUGAACGAAACAGUUUCAAAAUGUUAAGCUUAAAAUUAUAUUCUUUUUUGUAUUUUUGUACGAGUUAAUUACUUAAUUUAAAAAUCACAACAUCACGACGACGCAAUUAAUUAAACUGAUAAGCUUAACGUGUACUGUAUACUUAUCCAAUGUAUGUAGGGGACAUGUUUAAAUACUAAUUUUUAAGUCCAUUUUGUGAUGAAUAUGUCAGAUAAGAGAGAUGCGAUGAGACCAGGAAAAAAUGCAAUGAAAACCAAUCCAUUCCAUUGUGCCUAAAUUAGUGGAUAAGUUAAUUUUAUAGAAUUAUAGAAUAGAAAAGGACCAUCAUAGAAUUUUAAUGCCGUCGAUGACAAUGACUUUGUUGCCUGUGUUUCAUUUUUUAGUAGGAAAGAAGAGACAUCAUGACAUGCGUACGUACGUAUCAAUUAACUAAUAUUGACCUUUUUAUCUGUACUGUUGACUGUCAAUUUACAUACAUUUGUAGUGUUUGUGACGCGUGGUAAAAGUAGGUACGUAGAGUUGUUGUUAUAAAAAUAGAACGCAACACUUGUUAAUUGUACACGAAAAAAUGAGAUGAAAUCAAAUGAGUUUAUUUAUUACAAACAAUAAAAAUUUUGAUAAUGAUGAA